AUGCCCUACCCGCGCCGCCAUUUUCGGCCUUGGCUGUCAAUCACCGGGUCCCGGCUGGUGAUUCCAUGCCGGCACCUGGUGAUCGCCGGGUGUCUCCGACGGGGGAGAGACCUGCGUAUAAACACAGAUCUCUACCCUGUCAGCUCCAUUACAUUGCUUUGUAUGUCUGAUUUUUGAACGAAAAAUUGUUCGAAAAUCGACCCAUGUAUGGCCAGCUAUAGUGAAACAGCACACAGUUAACCCUUUGAUUGUCCCACAUGUUAACCCCUUCCUGCCCAGUCUCCUUAGUACAGUGUCAGUGCGUUUUAUUAGCACUGAUCACUGUAUUGGUGUCACUGGGGAUGUCAGUAACACCAAAUCAGUUCCCUCCAGUGUCAGAAUGCCCACCGCAGUCCCGCUAUAAGUCGCUG